AUGCCGGUUGCUGGGAUUACCUCGCUCUUUGGCGUCUUAGGGCUGGCCUCGACUGUUGCUGCUCAUGGCUAUGUACAGGGCAUUGUUAUCGGGGAUGAAUUCUACACGGGUUAUCUCGUGGAUAAGUUCUCGUAUGAGUCGGACCCUCCAGCAGUAAUUGGAUGGACCACCACUGCCACAGACCUGGGCUUCGUCGACCCCACCCAAUACACUGAACCAGACAUCAUCUGUCACAGGAACGCCACUCCAGGAGCACUGUCGGCCUCCGUUGCUGCUGGCGGCACCGUCGAGCUCCAGUGGACUGUGUGGCCGGACAGCCACCACGGCCCUGUGAUUGAUUACCUGGCCAACUGCAACGGCAACUGCUCCACGGUCGACAAGACGACGCUGGAAUUCGUCAAGAUUGAUCAAGCCGGCCUGAUCGACGACACCGAUGUUCCCGGAACCUGGGCUUCGGACCAACUGAUUGCCAAUAACAACAGCUGGACUGUGACGAUUCCAACCUCCAUCGAGCCUGGCAACUACGUGCUACGCCAUGAAAUCAUUGCUCUCCACUCUGCCGGCAACGAGGACGGCGCGCAAAACUACCCUCAAUGCAUCAACUUGGAAAUCACGGGCUCUGGGACCGACAGUCCCUCGGGGACCGCGGGCGAAAGCCUCUACACCCCUACCGAUCCGGGUAUUCUGGUCAACAUCUAUGAAUCUCUGUCGACGUAUGAUAUUCCCGGACCGGCACUGUACGGUGCUACAUCGCCCGUUUCACCCAGCAGCUCUGCCGCUGUGGCCCACGCAGCUGCUACCACCGCAGCUACUACUAGUCCUGCUGCUGUGGUUUCGUCUCUUGCGCCUUCUUUAAGCAACCCAGCUGAUCCUACAACUCUGGUCACUAGGACUGCGCCUGCUCCAGGCAGCAGCACUCAGACUCCUAGGCCAGGCCAGGGUGGACACCAUAACAAUGAAGGAUGCCAGGCUUACAUUAUUCUACGCACGAUAUUCUCAGCGCGAUUCAAAAUGUUCAAGAAAAAGCCAACGAUCAAAACGCUCUCACCUCUUCGAUCCUCCGACCGACGCAAAAUCGCCGAUCAGAUCAUCAAAGACUACAAAAUCGCCAUCCCCGCAGCAGCUCCGGCAGAAGAAAACAACGACAACAACAACAAUGACGACACACCAGCGAAAGAAACAGCCAGCAAUCUGACGACGAUAAGAAACGCCAUUUUACCAGAAAACUCGCUCUCUGCUCGGUUCACUACCACGGCGGGUCCACAAUUGCGAGAAGUGCAGGGCACAGUCUAUGUCGGAUCGCAUCCCGAGUUUGCUGGCGAAGAGAGGAUUCUAUGGUUCAAGCUCGAGCAAGGGCCAGGCGCCGAUGGACGGAUUUAUCCGACUGUGUACUCGCUAUGGCAUAGCCCUCGUCUGGUGCCGUUAUUGUAUACCCCCGGAUUUGUCAUGGGCAAGCUCUUUGGAGGCGCCGAUUUGAUGACUCCCGGUCUGGCCAACGAUCCACCCUUUCCAAGCGGUGCAGUCAAGGGGUCGACAGUGGCAGUUUCGAGUUUGAACAGUCCGACAGUGCCGCAGUUUGUGGGUGUUUGUGAAAUUGAUGUUGCGUCGCUGGGCGAUGUUCAGGGAAGUAAAGGUCAUGCUGUCCGUGGCCUUCAUUGGGAAGGUGACGAGUUGUGGUCAUGGAGCUCGUCUUCAAGGCCGGGCCAGCCUGCGCCAGAGUUCCUCGAAGGAUGGGACGAGGAGACUCGAGACGUGGAAGAAGCUCUCGAGGAAUUGAAAUUGGAAAACAAAGGCGGAGAAGAAGGACAGACGGUUGAAGACGAGCCAGAGGAGCCUGAAAAGGAGCCAACAGUCAAAGAAAUCGAGGAAGCCUUUGUGAAAGCUUUUAUAUACUCGCUAUAUCGGCUGAAAAAAGAUAAUCCGCAUGCGCUAAACCACGGACUCGCACUCCCUAUCCAACCAUCAGCAUUAAUAUCUAGUCACGUCACACCACACCUCCCCGUCUACUCGACACAACAAGCCCAAUUCUUUCAAAUCAAGAGAACGAGCUGGAAAAAUGUCAAAAAAUUCAUCAAACACCUGGACAAAGAACGAUUGGUCAAGUCCAAGGAUCGAAAUGGCCAAGAGACGGUCAUUCUUGACGUUGAUUUCAACGACUACAGAAUAGCCCAGUUUAUUCCCUACAGACUACCUACCAGGAACAUUGUCGAAAGCUCCGGGAAAGCAGUAUCUAGCCAGAAAACAGCAGAUGAUGGCACCGAUCCAUCUGUUGGACAAACACUUACUGUGCAUGUCCUCUACAGGCCCACGCAGAAACUCACACCGACCCUUUUCCCUGCGCGUCAACCAUCAGACCCCAAAAUCUACUACAAAUACUCAGAAGUAUCGAGCCACUUGGAUCAAUAUUUGUCGUCUCAACACCCGCCGCUAGUCUCCCCGACCAACAAACGGAUCAUAAAACUGAACCCCUUUCUGGCAAAUACCAUAUACGCAUCGUCGUCAUCCUCCGGCGACGACCGAGCUGCCAUUGCGCGAGGAGAAGUGACACGAGACGGCCUCCUCAAGCGAAUUGUGUCAGACCAUUCUCUCGUCGCGCCAUAUCAUGCAAUCCUGAAAGCAGGACAAACCUUGGAAGAGAUCAAACCCAAAUCGGGGGCUCCGCCCAAAGUCACCGUGACGAUUGAGCGUCGGGGAUCCAACAAAACGGUCAGCAAGGUUUCCGGAAUCGAGGUGUUUGGGAUUAUUCCGUCUUUCUUGGCAGAAGAGCUGUCGAAGAAAUGCGCGUCGAGCACCAGUGUUACUCAAGCUACGGGUGCGGUCAAGGGGGUACUGGAGAUUCUCGUGCAGGGAGAUCAACGAAAAGCCAUUGAGACAGCUCUCGAACGGCGAGGAGUCAAGUCGCAGUGGGUGGAUGUGGUGGACAAGACAAAGAAGAAGAAAUAG